UGCAAAGCAUAUGCCGAUAGUGCUUACUACGCCGUUGAAAAUAAAGAUGAUCUACGGAAAAAAUAUUUCAAAACUAGUAGUUUGAAUCAUAUUAAAGAUCUCCAAGAUGCCUUUUGGGGAAUUGAAAAAGGAUGCGAUAUUAGUAGAGAUAAUAUCGGCAUUCAAUGUGAGGGCGAAGGCGCUGAUUGUCCCUUUGGAAGAGUUGCUUUCACAAUUCCUUCAGAGAAUAAAGUUUAUGUGUGCCCUCAGUUUUUCACCUAUAGCCUUCCUUCGUCAGCCCGUACCCUUAUCCAUGAGAUGUCACAUCUCGACUCCAGCUCGGUCAAGAACAAGCCCUUUGGAACGCUGAUAAUUACGCCUGGUUCGCCUACAAUGCUCAUACAGACGGCGGUUCAUCCUCUCAAAGCUGCAGCGUUCCAAAUACCGGCGGCGGUCAUCCAAAUCCAGUCGUUUAUGUGCGUCCUCCCAACACUGGUCAUUCACAUGCAGGCGGCGGUUAUCCAAUUCCAGUCGUUCCUGUGCGUCCUCCCAACACUGGUUAUUCACAUGCAGGCGGCGGCUAUCCAAUUCCAGUCGUUCAUGUGCAUCCUCCCAACACUGGUUGUUCACAUGCAGGCGGCGGCUAUCCAUAUCCCUACCCUACUCCCCAUUAUGGUGGCGGCCGUUACUCAGGCUCUGAUGAAUUAA